CUCUGCCCUUCCUCGUGCUGUCUCUCCUAGUCGGAACUCCGGUUUCAGGACGACGUCGAGGCGCGUGAUCGUCUCUCCCCCACCGUUAGGAAACGCGGCCAGGGAACCAAUCGGAGCCGCGCUUCCGGCUACGGUGACGGCCCAAUGGGCGAACACCGGCCACGGAUAGACGCUGACGAUCGCUGAUUUUGACAGUCGACACACGACUACGAUAGUAGUACACCGCAGUGCCGCCUUGCCGCUCGCUGCCUUCUAUUCUUCUCCCGAUCCGAGAGAGAGGAGCGCAACUUUCCAACGUUCGGUUUCGAAUCCGUUCGAGAAAAAGCUCCGCGUUUUUUUCUUUUUUUUUUGCCUCCCCCCUUUUCUUUUUCUUUUCUUCACCUCGAAACUCGAUCCGUCUGUGAAAAAUUCAUGUUUCUUUCGGGACUCGCACGCGCGCGAACGGAGAAGGACGGGAGGACAGGAUUCUUAAUCUCGGUGUGCUUCGAUCGAUAGGCUCCAUCAUCGAUUUUUGUUCACUGUUGCAUGUUCGCGCGACAUUCGAUCGAACCUGAGAGUGAGAACGAUUUCAAGUUUUGUUUUUCAAGAGGGAAAGAGAGAGAGAGAGAGGAGGAGGAGGAGGAAGAAGGAAGAGGGUAGCACGAAUCACGGAGACCCGGUCACGUGGCCGUCGAUGACCGUUCGCAGGAAUUGACGGGAAUCUCGAUGAAGGCAAUCCCGGAGGAAAGGGAUUCGUUCGUUUGAUGUCGUCCGAUCGAUCACGUAUUCCGGGAACGAGCGAUCCAACGUGUCGAUCCUCGGAUAAGGAUCUCUAUCAAAUUAACCUGGAGGAGUCGAUAAUAAUCGAUCCGGCUCAUCCUCUGUCCGAUUCUCUCCCUCUCUUCCCGGAUACUCUGUGACAAGUGGCGAAACACUGGACGGAUAAAAUUACGGGCGCGGAUGCUGAGACAGAUCGAGACAGUGAUCGAGGAGCCUCGGUAGUGCGCCUCCUUUCUUUAUCUCCCUGUAAUUGGACUACGAUCGAAUCGAGCCCCCGAGAAAUUUUAUUAACUCGAAUACUAAACUCGAACCACCAAAAGUCGAGAGUAAAAAUUGGAAGGUGUUUCCGGGGAGAGGAUUUGGCGAGAAAGGAUUUUCGAGAGUGAGUGAGAGAAUUAGCGAUCCCUGGGACUGGUGGAAGGGAGGAAGGGAAGAGGUGUAAGUUAAAUGCUCGCGUGAAACCGGAAACCGGAUGAGCUGCGCUAUGGAGUACCAGCAAUUGGCGCCACCGCCGGUACCGGGCGUGCUGCACCAAGCGCAUCAUCAACAGCAUCAACAGCAGCCGGUGCAACCGCCCCAUCCUCACAUCGUGGUCGCGCCUGCGCACCAGCAACAACCCCAACAACCACCGCCACCACCGUUACCGCCCACCUCGCACGGCCAUCAGGUGCACGCGCCACUUCCGCCCAUCCACGAGGACAGCACCAGCUCGCGUUGGAGCCAAUACCAGCACCUCUGGAGGCAGCACCACGUCUACGUCAAUGGAAAACAAGGCAAAGAUGGACCGGAAGAGAAAAAGGACGCUGAUGGAGAGUUAUGGGGCAACGUGGAAGCGCAGGCCGCCUUCCUCGGCCCAAAUCUAUGGGAUAAAACUUUGCCCUAUGAUGCCGACCUGAAGGUAUUGAACCAUUACGUCGAUCUCGACGAGUUCCUCUCCGAGAACGGCAUUCCCGUGGAUGGAGUGGCCGGCGGCGGACAAGGGACGAUGCAGAGCGGACAACUGCACAAGAUGAACAACACCGAAACGCCAGGACACCAAGGUCCAGCCGGCCUCCACUUAGAGCCGGUCACCAAACGCGAGAGAUCACCCUCGCCGAGCGAGUGUUGCUCACCCGACACUAUGAACCCUCCCUCGCCCGCGGAUUCCAAUUCCGAGGACUCGUCACGAAUACUACAAUAUGGCUUCUCUCUUGUAGCGCUCUCGAUGGCCUCAUCGGGGCGAGACUUCGAUCCACGCACCCGGGCCUUCUCCGACGAGGAGCUGAAACCCCAACCGAUGAUCAAGAAAUCACGGAAGCAGUUCGUUCCGGAUGACCUGAAGGAUGACAAAUACUGGGCGCGUCGUAGGAAGAAUAACAUGGCAGCGAAACGAUCACGGGAUGCACGUCGCAUGAAGGAGAACCAGAUCGCUCUCAGGGCCGGCUUCCUCGAGAAAGAAAAUAUGGGUCUACGGCAGGAACUGGACCGGUUAAAGAACGAGAACAUGUUGCUGCGUGACAAGCUGAGCAAAUACACGGACGUCUAACAGUGCGCCGGGCAGGCAACAGCUCGUCGUGGUAUUAAAAAAGAUGCAAACACGAGCGUUUGUUGUGCCAGCUCCUCCCACACACUAUAGUCGCAGCACUUAGGUUUUUCGCCAGUUCGGAUGAAAGAAGAGUUAAAAAGAAAAAAAAAAAAGAAAAAAAACGAAAAAAAAGAAGAAGAAGAAGAA